AGCCUAAAAUCCCUUCAGUACUAAUUUUUGAUAAAAUCCCGCCCAUUUUCCCCCAGUUUACACGACGAGAUCGCCGACGAUCCCAAUCAAGGAGGAGGAGGAUGUAUGGGAGGAGAGCAUCGAAGCUGUUGAAAGAAGCAGCCGCCUCCGAGAAAGGCCAGCUCACCGCCUUCAAUAAUGACACAUUUGAUCAAGUCAUUAAAGAGUGUACUGAGCACAGCUUACAACUCCAGUCCUUGAUCAGGAAAAUUGAGGAGCAGAACCUGGACAUUCAAACAACAAGAAAUGAGGAUCACUUUGGUGCUGUUGUACAUCACCUCUCCAUAGCUCGCAACAAACGCUGCCUCAUGGCUUACAUGUAUAAUAGAGCUGAAAUCAUUCAGAGCCUGAGGUGGAAAAUUGGUCCCGUUCUUCCCCAGGAAAUUCAAGAAAAGCUCAACUAUUCAGAAGAAGAGUAUUUCAAGGGUCACUCUUUAGCCAUAGAGUCCUACAUGUCAGAGCUGGAUAUAGAUUUGAUCGUGGAUAUGGUUCCUCCCAAGGAUCCCUAUAUUCAAGUAAAGGUACUGGAUAAUAUCGGUGAAGUUUGCCUUGGAGACCAUUCGAUCUCUCUUACGAAGCACUCGUUACAUUUCCUUAGGAGAAACGAUGCUGAAUCAUUUAUUUCACAGGGUCUCAUGGAAGAGUUUAUAGAGUGAAGUGGGAUUGUUGGUCGGUCGCUGAUCUCUCGUGGGCCAAAGGGCCGUCGGGGUCGGGGGCCCAAGUAAGUCGGUGGCGGUUGACGCGUGUGCGAUAGGAUAUAAACGGCCGGAACUCCAUCUGGUUUGCGGUCGGUUGAUGCUUUCUGUUUGUCUGAGUCGUCUGACUCUCAAUUGAACUCAAUUGGAUUGAGUUUGGACCUUUUUUUUUUGUUUGAUAUUUUCCUUUUCCUUUUUUAUUAAAAUGGCAUCUCUCUUAGAAAGCACAUUGGUUGGUGACGUGGAAAGUGGAGCAGUCAAAUGUGCAGUGAGAUUUUUUUUUAUUCAGUCUUGCCCGAAUCCAAAUCCAAAUCCACAGAAACUUUGUACCUUUUUAAAAGAAUUAAAGAUCUGGAUCAAAACUUAUUAUUUUAUGGAA